CCGUCCUCGAGCUUGCUUUCAUCACCAGCAUGGUGGCAUGGCUACACAACACUGCCAGCGGCACAUUUGCCGUCAAAUUUAACGGCUCGACAUUCGAUCUCUAUGGCGAACCGAAGCAUUUCUUAGUCGACCAAGGACAUUCCAGCAACGGCGCAGCUGGAACAGCAAUCGUUCUCAUUGGCUUUGGCGGCAUCCUUACCCUUUGGCUCAGAAGUCGACCCAACAUUCUCGGAGCAAAACUUACAUCUUUCUUUUACGGUGCUUGGCUUGUUAUUCUUGUCCUGGGCCUCAUGCUUACCAUUGGGUCCCUCGGCUAUGUCUUCUCCGUCACGAAUGCGCACAAAGGACAGACGAUCGAUGUCAACGUCGCCUCGACAACUGGCAACCACAAAUAUGCUCUAGACAGUUGGACACCGCAGAACUGGUUCCCGGCUAUGUUGAAGCUGGACCUUGCAGACGACAGCCAGCGAAACGACAUCGUAAAGCAUCUACGAAUCAUGCGGGGAUGGCAGUACAACUUGAUUCCGCUAUUCUUGAUUCAACUUACGACAACUGUUCUUGCCGGCCUGGAGUUUUUGGAGAGGCGGAAGAUGCGACCUACUGCCGGGGAUUACGGCAGCGUUGAGCGAAGUAGCGGAGAGCAGAAGUUUGCUGCACCUCCUUCUGCUUAAACGGGCGUCCGAUUCGG